CAAUCCAUGACUACAUCCCGCUCUCCCUCCUGAUGUCUUCCAUCAUCGAUACUAAGCAGUUCCAGCGUUUGCGGGAGAUCAAACAGCUGGGAACGUCGUACCUCGUAUGGCCGGGGGCCUCGCAUAACCGGUUCGAGCACUGUCUCGGUGUGGGGCAUCUGGCCAGAUGCAUGGUCGAGCAUCUGCGCAAAUCCCAGCCCGAGCUGCGAAUCACCGACAGGGACGUAAACAUGGUGCAGAUCGCCGGACUGUGCCAUGAUCUAGGGCACGGUCCGUGGUCGCAUGUGUGGGAUGGGCAGUUCAUCCCUGCGGUCGCGCCAGAGAAGAAGUGGCAGCACGAGGACGCGUCAAAGAUGAUGUUCCGGGCACUUGUGCAGAAAAAUCCCGUGCAGAUCUCCUCGGAGGCCGACAUUCAGUUUGUCAUGGCGCUGAUUGACGGCGACCCGAGUCUCUGCAGUCCUGACGAGAAGCGGUUCUUAUUUGAUAUCGUAGCUAACAAGCGCAAUGGGCUGGAUGUCGACAAGUUCGAUUACAUCGCUCGAGACUCGUACAUGAUCGGCGAAGCCUGCACAAUCUCAUUUCAACGGCACGUAAUUCUGCCUGUUUUGUGUCACGCCUUUCUGAUUCCUCGUAGUCUUAUCAAUAGCGCGCGGGUUAUCAACGACGAGAUAUGCUACGACAUCAAGGACAUCAAUCAGCUCUACGAGAUCUUCUACACGCGCUUCAAGCUGCACAAGACGAUCUACAAUCACAAGACAGCGAGUUCGAUCGAGUGCAUGAUUGUCGAUGCGUUGAAGCUCGCUGAGCCGUACAUGAAGAUCGCAGAACGGAUCGAGAAUCCGGACAAAUUCCUGUACUUGACGGACCACAUUAUGUCGCGAAUAGAGUCAGACGACGAUCCGGUACUGGGUGCCGCGCGGGACUUAUUCGCCCGCAUCAAGCAGCGGGAUCUGUACAAGUUUGUGGACCAGCGUGUCAUCGAGUGGGAGCACCGGCACAUCUUCAAAGAAGCGGUGACGCCAGCACGGAUUGUUGAAGAAGCGCGCAAGAUCGCGGAGGCGGCGGGCAACACCGACCAUCUGCACCUGUUGACCGAGGAGACGGUGAUAGUCAGGCAUUCGACGAUGCACUACGGGAUGAAGGACAGAAACCCGCUCGACUUUGUUCGGUUCUAUUCGAAACGCGUUCCAAACAUCUCGGCUCACGCACAGAAGCAUGACUACUCGAUGCUCAUGCCGAGGAUCUUUGCGGAGGUCUAUAUGACGAUAUUCACACGGGUUCCCCAGUUGAUGGCUGUCGUGCAAGCUGGCUACCGCGAGCUCCUACUCGAACUGCCGCAGGACACGCCGCCGGUGACGCCGAAAGUCAAAGCGAAGAGCCUGUCUCCGCACAGCUCGUUCAACACUAUCCCCAUGCAGUUUGUGCCGAGCACACCCAGCCGCGACCGCACCCUGAAGCGGCCGCGUGACGAAGAUGGAGAUGAGGAGGAGAGAGCGCUCAAGCGCAAGGCACAGGCCAAAUAGAUCUUAGACAGCAUUCGGAUCCUACUGAUACCCA